ACCCAUCCUCGCACAACACCCCAAUGGCCGCCAGUUUCAUCGGAAAGCCCAUUUCUCUUAUUUCUCAUUCAGAUGUACGAUACAGAGGGAUCCUCGCGGGCAUCGACCCCGCCGCGUCGACCAUUCAGUUGUCUAAUGUCUACUCGAUGGGUACAGAGUCGCGACGCCCGCCAGAUCAGUUCAUUCCCCCAGUACAGGAACCAUAUGCCUACAUUAUUUUCCGCGCAUCCGAAGUGAAGGAUCUUGCUGUCGACGAGCCACAACCAGUACGACGGAACGUUCACGAUGAUCCAGCUGUCCUCGGAGCUUCGGCACCCAUGGCGAACACUGCUGCAUAUCCGCCAUAUCAGCAACCUUACCAGACGCAAUCUUCGGUGCCGCAGCAGCCACCUGUACCAGCACAGCAACGGCAGCAGCCUUAUCCCCCCCGUCAACCGUCUGCGCAGCCUUCUACCUCCCCCCAACCUGGCUCUGCGGCGGCCACUCAAACACAGCAGCAAACAUCGCCUGCCACGACCAGUCGGAAUGGUCGCAACAACUCUGUACACACUGCGACAGCUUCUCUGGAAACUGUCGAGCGCGCCCUUGGCGAUCUGCGCGUGACCAAUGGAACCGUAAAUGGUAAUUCAGCUCCUCGCGCUGGCGGUCGUCGUGGUCGUGGCCAGGAGCCCAAAACUAGUGAUCUGCGUGUACCUACGACAGACUUUGACUUCCAGAGUUCAAACGCACGCUUUGACAAGGCUGCGUUGUCGCCACGUGGGACACCUAAGAUCGAUGGAGUGGAGGCGGGUGAGAAGACCAAGGACGACGCUGGUAAGGAGAAGGCAGGGGAUGCUAAGGAUGACCCCGCGUACAAUCCGAAGAAGUCGUUUUUCGACUCGCUAUCGACGGGCAGUAACGGUCCCUCAGCGGAUGCGCGUGGGGGGCGCGGAGGUCGUCGUGGUGGGGGCAGAAACCGGCGGGAAGAGGAGCGGGAGCGGAAUGUCGCGACGUUUGGCGAGCCUGGUGGGGUGGGUCUUAUGGGCCCCGGCGCGUAUGUCGGGGGAUGGGGCGGAUAUGGCAGGCGGAGCGGGGGUGGAAGAGGCCGGCGAGGUGCUGUUGCGGGUGCGGUCGCUCGCUGAGGGCUUUGGUGAUCAUCUCGGACUCUCUUUUCUGGCAUAGUGCAUGAGCUCUACUGAGUGUCUUUUGUGAGGCACUGUUUGUGGUGCGGCUAUCAUAUCUUCGAGCUCUUUGUCAUCACUCAUUCUGUCCUAUCCGUCGCGGCUGAUUUUCUUUCGCAAUGAUCAUGAUCCUGCAUGUUUACAGCGAUGUAUGCGCGUAAUAACGGAAGCAUGUUAGGCGUGGUCGCUCCC